AACACUUGUAAGAUUGGGCAGACAGAAAUUACUCUUUUGCUCAAAUUAGAUAAGCAUUUCUCUUACGUACGGACACUUCACCAUACCAUUUCACAGGGGAGCUCCCAGAUAGCGCACUAUUCAAGCAUUCCAAGUUUCCAACACCCACUCAGAGUUCACAGCGUGUCCAGCUCCUGAAGACUAGAGUAAUAUCGACCCCCCCAUGGCGAUGCGGCGCCCCAAGUCCGAGAUGUCCCCGCCGGCUCCACCUUCGCCCUCCGACCAGAGAGAUGCCGUCAUCGAGGAGCUCCAGAAAGGCGCUCAGCUGGCGGAUUCCCUCAGGCGGCAGGUGGAGCUCAUCCCGGAGCCUGGCCGCCGCGACGCCGCGCUGGCCAACGUCAGCGACAUCUCCACGGCCCUCGCGUCGUCGCUCUCCGUCCUACAGUCCGAGAGAGAGCAGUACAGCUGCUCCUCCUCCGACGCCGCGACGGCCAAUGCUGCCGGCGCCUCCGGUGGCGGGGGUGUCAGGGCGCGAAAUGGGGCCUUGCGCAGCAGGAAGGCGAAGCAACGGCGAGGCGCCGAUGGCCAAGAGCUUCCGAUCGAGGAGAUGCUCACGGAGACACCAGAAAAUGAUGGAUUCCACUGGAGGAAAUAUGGGGAGAAGAAGAUCCUAAAUGCUGAAUUUCCAAGGUUAUACUACAGGUGUGGAUAUAGCGACGAGCACAAAUGCCCGGCAAAGAAGUACGUGCAGCAGAAAAACAACAACGACCCUCCCGUGUUCCUGGUCACCCUCAUCGACAACCACACAUGCCAUACCUUGUUCCCAGCCGAAACCAACCAACGAACAAUGAGCAACUCAAGCAGCGCUAACUCGCAACUGCUCGACUUCACCAAAGUAUCGCUCUCUUCAGCAGCUGUAUCUAGGAUGAAGGAAGAGGAAGACAUCGCAGCAGGAAUGUCUGUGGCUGUUCCCAGCUACACAUACGACGAGUUCUACUCUUCUUCCUCGCUGCCAUUGCUGUCGCCGAAGCAGUGGGAGAUGGAGAUGGAUAUCAAGUCACUCUAUCAUCGUCACUCCGGAGGUGAUAGCUGCUAAGCUAGUGUGUGAAAUUGAGUGUUCUACUAGAUCAACUGGUUGCAUUAUCCAAACAGCUACCUGAACCCUAAUAAUGGUGGCAUGAUCGGGAGAGCCUACUCUCUAAUGUUGUAAUAAUGUUAGUACUACAACAGCUAGCCCAGCUGUUAGAGAUCUUUGAUUAGAUGGAUAACUUACCUGCCUAAUUAUGCCUACGCUAUUAAUUCGACUAGCCUUCUCAUGCUUAAUAGCCAUAUCUUCUCGAGUAACAAAUAAGAGCUUCUUUUAAGGUACCGUACGUACUUGUAUUAAUUUGAGAAUAUUAAUCCAUACCCACGGGGAUA